AUGGUCUUCUCUUCCAGCCUUUGUGUCGCUGUGGCGAUGGCUACACUCGUGGUCGGUGCGGAUGCCGCCGCAUUACCGACGGGUGUGUGCUACGCCCCGUGGCACCACAGCACCGUUGAUGCCGCCGUCGUCGGUGCAGAUAUGACUGAGAUCGCGCAAUAUUUCUCGAGCGUCCGCACGUAUCAAGCGCAAUUCAGCGGUGUCAACGUCAUCGAAGCAGCAGCUGCAGCGGGUCUUAAAGUUGCUGUCGGCUUGCAGCUUACCAACGCCUCGGCCAUCAACUCUGAGAUCGACGCGGUGUGCCAAGGGUACAAGUCUAACCCGAACGCGAUUGAAGCGGUGUAUGUCGGCAAUGAAAACCUCAAGAACGGCGACUUUGGAACGUACACAGCUGAGCAAUUGGUGAUCUACAUUAACCAGCUUAAAACGUGCGUAGGGGAUACGCCUGUUGGUUCGGUACAACGCAUCAACGAGUGGCUCACGGCCGACGGCGCGGCAAAGUUAGAAGCAGCGUCGGACGUCAUCGGAGUCAACAUUUACCCGUUCUUCACUGUGAGCGACCUGACUCCAGUGAAAAAACUAGAAGCUCAAUGGAGCCAGAUGACGGCAAUGUAUGACGCAAGUAAACUCCACUUAACGGAGACGGGCUGGCCCUCCAGUGGCGAGAACUACCAAAGCAACACACCGACACUUGAGACAAUGCAACAGUUUUUGAACGACUACGUCACGUGGUCCAAGAGUGUGGGGCAGUCGUACUGGUUCAUGAUGUACGAUACGACUGUCAGUCACGAUCCCUGA